AUGUCUGGAAACUGGGAACACGGAUUCUGCUCAUGCUGUGAGGACACUCACGUCUGCUGUGUGUCAUGGUUGUGGCCACAAUUGCAGUUGAUGCAACAGAGAGCUACCGUUCAGGGUCGUCAAUGUGACGCCACUGAUUGUUUGCUGACUUGCUGCUUCUUCCCAUGCGUUGCUUGCCACGUCAGACAUCAGAUCACCGAGAAGCACGGAAUCGAUGAGAACAUCUGCAUCAACAUCUUGGCCAACCUCUACUGCACCCUCUGUGCCAUCACCCAACAGACCCGUCAGCUCCAGACCAAGGGUGAGAAGCCAUCCGGUAUCUUCAUGGCUUAA